AUGAAAGAUCGUAAAAAACGGAGUAGUUUUGUGCCGUGGGGCUCUUUUUUCCGGUGUACCCUUCUUCUUCUCUUCUUCUCCGGCUUCACUUUAUCCACUCUCCGGUUGCUCUUCAGAGAAAGGUUUCAUCCAAGAUUGGUGUCGACAUGGAGGAUGCCGCCGAUGAAAGUGGUCGCCGGCGAGUCACCUUCAACUGCGGCUAUCUCAAUUCAAGAAACCGUUAUUUUUCCAGACCAGGCUUUGGUUUACCUAAAGUACCCUUCAUCCACUCUCUUAUUCACCAAAGAUGACAUAGACUGUAUAUAUUUGCUACCCAACUCAUCUAAGCCCCAACUCAAGCUCUCUCCAGUAUCAUUGGACGGUCAAUAUUCCGAUCACCAGACUGUACGGUGCCCGCGUCAGCCACGUGGCACGAUAGUGUCUCUAGCGCUUAAAUCCAACGGGCUUAGUUUACGGUCAGGAAGAGUUUCUGAUCCAUCUAAAUUCAAGUGCUUGUACGGCUGGGAUUUGAGGAAACCAAAAUCUGUUUUGUGGUCCGAGGUUGUAUCGGUUGCUCAAGAAAUUGUAAGAUGCAAAACCCCUUUGAGCAUAUUGAAUAGUCCACAAAGAUUUAAUACUAGUAUUAAGGUUUCAAUUAGGAUGAUUGGUAGACAGACUCUCAAGUCUAUUGCUAGGCCGAAAGUUCGAUUGUCCGACCCUAGACCAUCGUCCAAGAAACAGCACGAGAUGUGCAUAUGUACAAUGUUGAGGAAUCAAGCUAGGUUUUUGCCUGAAUGGCUCGUGUAUCAUUCCCGAAUAGGGGUUCAACGUUGGUUUCUAUAUGAUAACAAUAGUGACGAUGAUAUUGAAGAUGUGGUCGAGUUAUUAGUGGGUGCAAACUAUAAUGUUACUCGACAUGUGUGGCCUUGGAUCAAGACUCAAGAGGCAGGGUUUGCGCAUUGUGCACUCCGUGCUAGGGAUUCGUGUGAGUGGGUUGGAUUCAUUGACGUUGAUGAGUUCUUUCACUUGCCUUCGGGGUUGUCAAUGUAUGAUGUUGUUAGGAAUCAAUCUAGGCCUAGUGAGGUAGCUGAAUUACGUGUGUCGUGCCACAGUUUUGGCCCCUCAGGUCUUAAAAAUGUUCCCGUGAAAGGCGUGACGGUAGGGUACACUUGCCGGUUGGCUGGUUGGGAGAGGCACAAGAGUAUAAUGAGGCCUGAGGCACUGAAUCCUUCAUUGAUCAAUGUGGUGCACCACUUUCACUUGCAGGCUGGGUUUCGGUACGCUAAUAUGGAUCAAAAUGUGCUGGUGAUAAAUCACUAUAAGUACCAAGUAUGGGAAGUGUUCAAGGAGAAAUUCUAUAGGAGGGUGGCUACCUAUGUGUCCGAUUGGCAGCAAGAACGAAAUGUUGGUUCCAAGGAUCGAACACCAGGUUUAGGUACAAAAGCUGUUGAACCAGCCGAUUGGUCGACCAGAUUUUGCGAGGUUGAAGACACGGGCUUAAGGGAUCGUGUAUUGAAGAUGUUCACUAACCCGAAAACAGGUCGAUUGCCAUGGGAGCACCCAAUGAGCACAAGUGAUAGAAGAGUGCUGCUGUGA